GGAAACCUCAACACCACCACAACACACACCACGAUGCCUCGAGUCGCCCAAGCACCCCGCAGUAGCAAUGGCCGAGUGGCCUCCGGAUCCAUGACCGCGUCGCCUUUCAAAUCGCCUAUUAAGUGAGACACCCUCCGCCCAUUCUUUGCUUGCACCUGCCUCUGCUAACACCCGAAGGAUACCCCUCAAUGACGAUGCGCAGGAAAAGGCAAAGCGGAUGCAAUCACGACAUGCCCUCCAUGGCAUUCACAUGAACCAAAUCAAGGCUGCGGCUUCACCAAUGCGCAAACACGAUGGAUCUGCAGGCUCCUCGCCAGGCUCAAAUCCAAAGACACCACGGCGGAUGGGGGAAUUGGACAAUGAUCUUGAUGAAGAUGUGAUCACGGUUGGAGGGACAGCAGUCACACCUAUGAAGCGCGUCCCAAUAUUGGCCAAUUUUGAAGAAUGGAUGAAGAUGGCUACGGACAACAAAAUUAACGCUACCAAUUCUUGGAAUUUUGCGCUCAUCGACUACUUCCACGACAUGUCACUACUAAAGGAAGGCGACGGUGUGAAUUUUCAGAAAGCCAGUUGCACGCUGGAUGGUUGCGUCAAGAUAUAUACCAGCAGAGUCGACAGUGUUGCGACAGAGACGGGCAAGUUGCUCAGUGGACUUGCGGACAGCGGCAACAAUAAAAAGAAGCGAGGCGAAAACGAGGAAGGUGAAGAAAGUGAGGAGGAAGUCGAGGAUGAAGAUGGUGUUGUCAGAAAGAAGCCUAAGAAGAGGGUAUGUUCGCUUUUGUUCUGUUUAUCUUGUACUUGUUGAGGGAUGCCACGGCGACGGAGCUAGUGCUCCGAUUCGAUACCAUAAUUUCCCGCUCAUCGCCGUGGGCUCCUACGAGACUCCAAGGUGGUCAAUUCACGACUUUGGAUAUCUUGACGUAAUUCAACGCAUGUUAGUGCGGAACGUGAUUGUAUCGCGGAGCAGCCACUGGGGAGGUGAUUUCUAGCAAUAUCUGCUUUGAUUUCCCUCCCCAUCUCUCCUCGUUAAUGUUUUACAGCCAAUAUGUCGAAAUGAGUUCUCGCGGGUUUCAGAAACAAGCGGGAAUUAUUAUCACUUGACCAUCAUUCGAAAAAAACGAAACGUCCUUGACGGUCUAGUGGUUAUGAAUUCCGCUCGUCAUUCUCUGCUAUGCCUCUCUCUUGGCACUGACAAUAUCUCUUGACCAAUCACAAGCUCGUAAAGGCUAUGCUCAGGGUAGAUUAUACCACUAAACGACAAUCGCGUUUGGUGCAAUGUACCUUUCUAAAAUAAGCCCCCUUUGUAUUUUUGGCAGUAUUUCUUCAACCCCUUAUGUUUUGGAACUUUACAAUGUUUACUUUUUCUUACGGACGAUCCAUAUAUGGUCUUUUUCGAGCGCAGCAGCUAUAAAUUUUACUAGGCAAAAUGUUAAUAUCAACUAGGCACAACGCUCUUCAGAGGCCACGCUUGCAGCUUCAUUUUCCGCCAUUCAAUUGAAAAAGAUGGAACUAGAGUUUUCAGUCGACCCUCUCUUCAAAAAAGCCUCCGCUGACUUUGACGAGGGCGGAGCCAAAGGAUUACUGCUUAAUCAUUUGGCAAUUGAUUCUCAAGGUAGGAUUGUGUUUGAUAGCAGUGAUGAUGCUGGUGACGCAUCAGGCGAAGGCUCUGCAACUCGACGAAAAGAAGAUGGUGUCCAAGAUGAGGAUGAUACAGAUAUGGAUACCACUGUGAACUCUACGGCGCGAGAUGUAGAGGAUGAAGAAGACGUCGAAAUUGAUGUCGCUGCACUUGGCGCUAAGUUCUUCCCUAACCUGGAACAAUUGGACUCACAGGAUAUCUGUCCAUCACUUAAAAAUUUCGACCUAGGCGACCCAACUGGGUCAAUGGAUAUACCAUUCUUGAAAGCACCGGAAGACUGGCGACAGGAGAAGGACAAGCCCGCCGAAGGUGAAAUGGCAGCUGUUGGAAUGAAAUCCGGUAUCUUUUUAGACGAUGACAAUCCUGUUGGAUUUGAUGAUGACGACGAUGGUUUGUUAGAAGGCUUCGAUAUACCAGCUGACGCGGGCUUUGGGGAGGGAGGUGAGGCAUGGGCCCGCGACGCUGCAGUUGAGACUCGAAUGCGCGUUCAUGAUGCAGGCCUAGAUAAUGACGGCUUGGGUGUUGGUGACGGAGAAGAUGGAGAAGGAGCUGGAAACUUCGAUCCCGAGACCGGUGAGUACGUCGUAUCCAUGAAUCAUGGCGGGAAAAACCAGGGCACUCGUGAUGAUAUCCUGAGUUACUUUGAUGAGGCAUUACAAAAGAAUUGGGCCGGUCCUGAGCAUUGGCGAAUCCGGAAAAUCAAGGAUGUCAACAAACCUGCGGCUGUUACAAAGCCCCGAAAGGAAAAAGAACUAUUUGAGAUCGAUUUCACCUCCUCACUUAGCCAGAGCAUCGCCGAAACCAUCUAUACCCCGGCAUCUUCCAACACAGUUAUAUCUCUACCGAAAAAGGACUGGAAAUCAAAAACCCGAAAUCUUCUUCCAGACGACAAACACUUCAACUCGAAACAAUUAUUACGUCUUUUCUUGAAGCCAAAGGCAAAGAUGGGCAACCGAAGAAGUGCAUUUGGUUCCAAGUUUGGGAAUAUCGGUCAUGUUAAAGAGGAAGAGGCUCCGGAGGGUGAGAUGGAUGAGGCUUUCUGGGCUCGUAAAGAGGGUCCUGCGGGUGCUGAUGAAGAGGCGGCACCGCAAGGUGAUUAUGAUGCCAAUUUCUUCCAGGAUGAUGGCUUGCCAAUGGCUGGUGGAAUGGAUGAUGACGAUGAUAUGGAAUUCGCCGAUGCUCGAGAUCAUUUCUCCCCUGGAGCAGAAGAACGGGGAGAGGGCGGUAUGAACGGCGUCAAUAAUGUACUCAAUGGUAGCAUGACCCAGACUGCUGAUGGUGAAGGGGCAUUCGGUAUUCAACUUGUCACCCAAAGUCGUCGAUUGAGACCAGAAUAUGUACAGUAUGCUCGUGUAGCGACCAAGGUCGAUGUAAGAAGGUUAAAGGAGGAGCUGUGGAGAGGCAUGGGCAUCAAAGGACUUGAUGUAAGUCUAUCAUCAAUCUUUGCAGUCAGCCAUAAACAAAGCUAAUGUGACUUAGGAUACACCAUUGGAGGUAUUGCCCGCAAGAACUACCGCACCUCUCGAGCCGAAGAAGGGCGAGGAUGGCAGCCUCAAGUUCACGUCUGUCAUGCAAAACCUCAAGAGUGUCUACCCCAAGAAUACUUUGAACGAUAUCUCGACUAGCUACUGCUUCAUUUGUGUGUUGCAUUUAGCCAACGAGAAAGGACUUGUUAUUGAGAAAAAGGAAGGUCUGAUGGAGCUCGACAUCCGAGUAGAUCCUACAGCGGAAAUUACUGUUGGGGGUUAGGUGCUCUGUUUUGCAAAGCAUCUUUUUGUACUACGGAUCAUUUUCAUGGGAGUGGAGUUUGGGUUAUGAAGCAUGAUAUAAGUGAUGGUUCGGUUUAAUGAAUGAUAAACGACAAUUUUUAAAUAACU